GCCUCGCCGGGGACAGACCCGCGUGUCUGUGCUGCAGGAGAGCGUGAGGAUUGUUACCAACAUGGUUCCAACAUGAGCGAGAAGACAUCGGACCUCUGGUUCUGCGAGGAGUGCCAGGACUUUUUCCAGAAGGAGUGUCCGUCUCACGGUCCGCCGCUGUUCGUCCCCGACACUCCGGUGGACUCGCAGUCGGCCAACAGGGCGGCGCUGUCGGUCCCGUCGGGCCUGGAGCUGUUCAGCGAGGGGGACGAGGUGGACGUUCGCUGCCUGGACCCGGGCUUCCCCAGAGGGACGGUGUUCGGUCCGUAUGAGGGCGAGCUGGUCAACAAGGACAAGUCCUCGGGGUUCUUCUCCUGGAUCAUUGUCGAUCUGAACAACACGUAUCAAUCCAUCGACGGCAGCGAUGAGACCAAAGCCAACUGGAUGAAGUUUGUUCGGACGUCGUCGGAGGAGAGCGACAGGAACCUGACGGCGUUCCAACACGGGAAAAACAUUUACUUCCGAGCGUGUCGAGCGCUGACGGCCGGACAGAAGCUGAGAGUUUGGUACAGCGACAACUACAUCCAGCGGCUCCACUGCGUCUCUCAGGAGAGCAUCGACAGGAACCUGGACACCGAUCCGGUGAAGCUGGCGGUCCUGCCCGGCAUUCAGAAGGACUUUAAGUCUCCCUGCCUGCAGUCGGCUCUGCAGAGCAAACCCGGCGACGAGGCGGACGGCCAGCCUCCCGCCAAGAGGAAGAAGAUCGACCUCAUCUUCAAAGACGUCCUGGAGGCUUCUCUGGAGGACUGCAGCAAGUCCAGGUCCCAGUCCUCCUCUCACGCUGAGUGUAAAGCGGCGCCGGGGUCGGGGUUCAACUCGUCCGAGCGCUGCUUUAACGUUCCUAAGCUGAAGGUGGAGGAGAAGGAGGAGGAGAACCAGACCUGCGAGGAGCCCUCCACCUCCUUCUGCCCCAACUGUGUCAAACUGAAGCGGAGGAUCGUGGAGCUGGAGGAGGAGCUGUCCCGCCUCCGAGGAGAACAGGCGGUCCAGCCCCAACACGAGCAGGCCCCCCCCCACCCAGAGCAAGGCCCCAUCGAGGACUUUCAAGGGAUGGAGCCUUUGACUCCCACUCAGGUGGUUCUGGAUGAGGACGACCCGGACGUGGACUCGGCCGAUGAGUCGAUCGCUGCAGAUCUGGUGAUCUCUCCGGAGGACUCGUCCAAACUUUCGUCGGGAGGAAGUCGGCGGAUUCGUCGCUUCAAGCAGGAGUGGCUGAAAAAGUUCUGGUUCCUUCGUUACUCGCCGACCCUGAAUGAGAUGUGGUGCCACGUCUGCCGCCAGUACACCGUCCAAUCAUCUCGCACCUCAGCCUUCAUUAUUGGCUCCAAGCAGUUUAAGAUCCACACCAUCAAGCUGCACAGCCAGAGCAACCUCCACAAGAAGUGUCUGCAGCUGUACAAGCUGCGCAUGCAUCCAGAGAAGACCGAGGAAAUGUGCAAGAACAUGCUGCUGCUGUUCAACGCAGCGUACCACCUGGCCCUGGAGGGACGGCCUUUCUCAGACCUCCGUCCGCUGGCAGAGCUUUUAAAGAAGUGUGAACUCAAAGUGGUGGACCAGUAUAUGAACGAAGGAGACUGUCAGAUCCUCAUCCACCACAUCGCCCGGGCUUUAAAAGAAGACCUGGCCGAGAAGAUGCGUCUGUCUCCCUUCCUGAGCGUCAUCAUGGACGCGCAGAACGACGACCUUUUCUCAGACAUGGUGGCGGUCUACGUCCAGUUCAGUACCAAUGAGGGCUCCACCAACACAGAGUUCCUGUCUCUGCAGAGACUGAGCAUGGCCAGCGUGGACGGAUAUCUCCAGGCGAUGGAUCGGGCCUUCGGUGUCCUGGGGCUCAGGUUUCAGGACUUGCUGGUGGUGGGUUUGGGGGCAGACGGCACUAACAUCUCUUCAGGAAUGAGAGCGAACCUGUACAUAGCUGUGCAAAAGACUUUCCCCUGGAUCCUGUGCCUUCCCAUCAUGAUCCAUCGGCCUCACCUGGAGGUGCUCGAUGCCAUCAGCGGUAAGGAGCUCUCCUGUCUGGAGGAUCUGGAAAACAACCUCAAGCAGCUCCUCAGUUUCUACCGUUACUCCCCUCGCAUGAUGUCCGAGCUGCGAUCCACCGCUCCGACUCUGUCAGAGGAGACCGAGUUCCUGGGAGACAUCAGAGCCAUACGAUGGAUUAUUGGAGAACCAAAUGUCCUUAAUGCACUCAUCAAAGAUUACCUGGAGGUAGUGGCCCACCUGAAGGAGAUCAGCAGCCAGACACAGAGAGCUGAUGCUGCUGCCAUCGCUCUGACCCUCCUCCAGUUCCUCAUGGACUAUCAGUCUGUAAAGCUCAUCUAUUUCCUCCUGGACAUCAUCGCUGUUCUCUCUCGACUAGCCUUCACCUUCCAGGGAGAGUACCUGCUGGUGUCACAGGUGGAAGCCAAAGUAGAGGACGCCAUCCAGGAGAUCGGCCAGCUGGUGGACUGCCCCGGAGAGUAUCUUCAGGAGUUUGAGGAAAAUUUCCGUGAAAGUUUCAACGGCGUCGCUCUGAAGAAUCUUCGUGUCGCCGAAUCCAAGUUUCAGUCCAUCCGAGAAAAGAUCUGCAACCGGAGCCAAGGCAUCCUGUCCCAGAGGCUGGACCUGCAGAGCCGCUCGUUUGCCAAAGCCUGUAAGGUGCUGGACCUGUCCACCUGGCCCCACAACCGGGAGGACCUGAAGGCCUACGGAGAGGAGGAAAUCCAGAUGAUAUUCAACCAUCUGGAGUCGAUUCCCUCGGCGGUUCAGGAGGGUUCGCAAGCCCGGACAGAGGCCAGGGACAGUCUGGUGGGGGAGUGGAAGGACCUGAAAGCAGACUACUACAGCAUGAACGGGUUUAAAGAAGUCAUCAGUCACAUCUGCAGGUACAAGCAGCGGUUCCCUCUGCUCAGCCGGAUCGUGCAGGUGGUCCGAGUCCUGCCCAGCUCCACGGUCUGCUGCGAUAAGGGACGCGGGUCUCUGCACAAGAUGUGUAAGAACAACCGGUCCCGGCUGACUCUGGAGCAGAUGAACGACCUGCUGACGGUCGCCGUUAACGGACCGCCCAUCACAAACUUUGACGGGAAGCGAGCGCUGGACAGCUGGUUUGAGGAGAAGUCUGGAAGCAGUUACUCUCUUUCAGCCGAGGUGCUGAACAGGAUGUCAGCUGAUCACAAGUCCGUCCUGCACAGCGUUGAUGUCGACACCGAGUUUUACCCCGAUAUCUAACGCAGCGAGCGUCUGUCUGC